AUGGUUGUCUCGGGAUUCACCGGUAUGCUCAAACAUUGGUGGGACAAUUAUGUCUCUGAGGACGAAAAGAACCUCAUUUACAACGCCACAGCCGUUGAACAGGUAACUCGAACCGUAGAUGGUCGAGAAACCGUAGUUCAAGAAGCACAAGAAGAUGCUUGUGCAACUCUCCUCUACCACAUAGCUAGACACUUUGUAGGAGAACCAAAACUCUUUCAAGAUAGAAGUCUAGAAAUCCUUAAUAACCUUCGCUGCAAAAAUCUUGCAGACUUCAGGUGGUAUAAGGAUACUUUCCUGAUCAAAGUUAUGAUCCGUCCUGACUGCAAUAAUGACUUUUGGAAAGAAAGAUUCAUUAGCGGUCUUCCCCCAUUAUUUGCAGACAAAGUCCGCACAAAGCUUAAGGAUAGAUUUGAAGGUCAAAUUCCUUAUAACGUUCUUACCUACGGAGACUUAGUAAGUUUCAUUACCACUACGGGUAUAGAACUCUGUACAGACCUUAAGCUUAAACAGCAGCUUAAGCAAAACCACAAAUAUGGUCUGACAACUUUUUGCCAAGACUACGGCUUCACUGACCUCCAUGAUAGUAAGAAGCAUAGAAAAUGGCUUCCCAGACGUCACAAAAGGUCUUAUCCGAACAGAAAGACUUCCCAUAAGGGAUGGACCUUACCAGACAGCGAAUCAAAGACGAAACCAUCUUUAAAAUUAAUCGUCUCUCUUCUCAUCUUCACUAUUUGCGGAAUGAUGUCUUCCCAUAAGGGAUCAAGUUCCUACAAGGAGUCUAACAAACCCCGCCGAAAAACUAGGCGCAAAUCCUUCACAAAGUCCAAAGAUACUUGCUGGACUUGUGGCAAAGCCGGCCACAGAGCAAAGGAUUGCACAUCUGGCAAAAAGAAAAAGAUCAAUUUACUAGAUCUUCCAGAUGAAACCAAAGAACAGCUCUUCUCCAUCAUGGAAGAAGGAGCCUCUGACGCAUCUGACUCUUAUUCCUCUUCUGAAGAAGAAUAUAGCGACGAAGAUUUCAUCAACGCCGCCUAUGAGUCUGAUAGUUCCCAAUCAGGGCAAGACU